AUGGCAGCUCCCAAAUCCAACAUUGUUUUGAUUACAGGCGCCAAUCAAGGCAUAGGCUUUGAAAUUGCCAAGAAGCUUGCCAAAGAGUACCCAGGGUAUCAUGUUUUGAUGGGAAGUCGCAAUGCCGAACGGGGCCAAGCAGCAGCGGACAAACUGUUGGCAGAGGGCCUCUCGGUUGAACCCAUCACUAUCGACGUUACGGUCGACUCAAGCAUCACAGCGGCUGCCGAGACGGUGAAAUCCAAAUAUGGGCGCCUCGACGUGCUAGUGAACAAUGCCGGCAUAGAAGUCGAAACCAAGUAUCCACAGGGCAGCAAGACGAUCCGAGAAGUUCUCCAGGAAACCUACGACACCAACGUCUUCGGCGCCAUGCAAACCCUCGAGACGUUCGCGCCUCUCCUGGAGAAGGCCGAAGUGCCCCGCGUGGUCUUCGUCUCUAGCCAUCUCGGCUGCUUCGGGAAGCCGGACAAUUUCCCCGGACAGUGGCCCGUGUACCGAAGUAGCAAGACAGCGCUCAAUAUGUUGCUCUUGUCAUACUCGCACCUAUACAAGGAGAAGGGAUGGAAGAUUAACGCUACAUGUCCGGGAUACUUGGCGACGAAUCUGAAUAAUUACUCGGGGUAUGGAUCGGUGGACACGGGUGCUAUUAAUGCGGUCAGACUGGCGACCCUGGGCAAGGACGGAGAGACUGGGACGUUUUCGGAAAAGGAAGGACCUUUGCCCUGGUAG